CUCUUAUUCUGAAGAGCCGCGGAAACGAUGAAUUUAUCUUCAUUAAAAGUGGUCAUAAUGAAAGACAGAUUGAACAGAAUGUGAGCGUUUACGACGGAAAACAUCAUGCUGUUCAAAGAUAUCAGACAAUGCAGUGUUGGUCGGGCGAAGGUGACCCAUGCUGUGGUGGUGAUCUUCCUGGAAUAUUUCGCCUGGGGUCUCCUGACCACACCGAUGCUGACAGUCCUGCAUGAAACAUUUCCACAGCACACGUUUCUCAUGAACGGCCUCAUUCAGGGAGUGAAGGGUUUGUUGUCGUUCAUGAGCGCUCCUCUGAUCGGUGCCUUGUCUGAUGUUUGUGGCAGAAAGUCCUUCCUGCUUCUCACAGUGUUUUUCACCUGCGCCCCCAUCCCACUAAUGAGGAUCAGCCCGUGGUGGUUUUUUGCUCUGAUGUCAGUUUCUGGACUUUUCUCCGUUACGUUUUCUGUUAUAUUUGCGUAUGUGGCUGAUAUUACAGAAGAACAUGAGAGAAGCACGGCGUACGGACUGGUCUCAGCGACGUUUGCGGCGAGUUUAGUGACGAGUCCAGCGAUCGGAGCGUUCCUGUCGGUCCGGUAUGGAGACAGUCUGGUGGUGCUGCUCGCCACUAUAAUCGCUGUGCUAGAUAUCCUCUUUAUUCUGCUGGUCGUUCCAGAGUCUCUUCCUGAUAAAAUGAGAAUAUCAUCGUGGGGUUUUCCCAUUUCUUGGGCGCAGGCUGAUCCGUUUGCUUCUUUGCGGAAGGUUGGAAAAGACUCGACGGUGCUGCUCAUCUGUGUCACAGUGUUCCUGUCGUAUCUGCCUGAAGCCGGACAGUAUUCCAGCUUCUUCCUCUACCUGGGACAGGUCAUUAACUUUUCCUCCGUAGCGAUUGCAGGGUUUAUAGCGAUGGUUGGGAUUCUGUCCAUCGUAGCGCAGACAUUACUUUUAAGCGUUUUGAUGAAGAAAAUUGGAAAUAAAAGCACAGUAUUACUGGGCCUCGGAUUUCAGCUGUUCCAGCUGGCCUGGUACGGUUUUGGCUCAGAACCCUGGAUGAUGUGGGCAGCUGGUACGGUCGCUGCCAUGUCCAGUAUCACGUUUCCUGCAGUGAGCACGCUGGUGUCACGCUGCACCGAUCACGACCAGCAGGGAGCGGUUCAGGGGAUGAUCACAGGGAUUCGUGGUCUGUGCAAUGGACUCGGUCCGGCUCUGUUUGGAUUCAUAUUCUUCCUCUUUAAUGUGGAACUGAAAGAGACGAGUCCAGUGGACCCGAACCCUGUCUCACCUGACACUGAAGAGAAGUCAGCUAUUCCGGGUCCUCCCUUCCUGUUCGGAGCGUGCACGGUUCUGUUGGCUCUGCUGGUGGCGAUCUUCAUUCCAGCUCAACACACUCCCGUAGUGAAGACGUGCAGCUCGCGGGUGAUGACGGAACCGGUGAGCGGCGGCCUGCAGAACAGUUCAGUUCCCGUGAGCGAUGAAGACAACGAACCGCUGUUACAGGACAGUAGCUUAUAGACGCCUGAACCAGACCAGAAACUUUGGGUUUGACAAGUUGUUAUUCCACCAAUGUCUGAAUGUCUGACUUUUAUGGUUUUUAAGAGAAUGUGCCUUCUGCAUAGUUCAUGUGCUGCCGUAUAUAUGAAUAUAAACUGUAGUCAGCCAGUGUCCUUUAAUGUAACAUAUUCCUGAUGACCUUUAACCUCUGAGCUACUUGCAAUGAUUAUAAUGUCAUUGUGGGGAAGUUUUAAGUAAACUCAAAUUGUGUUUAGUUUAAUAUGUGAUUUAAUUAUUUCAUUGAAGUGCCUUUGAACCCUCCUAUUACGUUUGGGUCAUUUUUGACCCGGGAGAGGAAGAUUAUAAUAUUUAAAUGCCACAAAGUUUUUAGUACGGGAACCAAACUUUGGGACUUUGUCGAGACUAUCAACAUACCCACAAUACAUUGUUUUCGGAUUUUGUAAUAAAUAGUUUAACAGAUAUAACCAUUUUAAUCCUCGGCACCUUCCUUUGGUAUUUGCGGUCAUUUUUGACCGGAAGGGUCAGAUGUGUAUCCCUUCUUUUAGAUAAUGAAGUAAGAACUAUAAAAUUAUGCAUUUCUUUGGGGAUUUUAUGCUCUUUUGAUCUCCUGUUGAAACUAUGAGAAUGUGGCAUAAACGUGAGGCAGAUUUCUGUCAUCUGGUGAAUAAUCUGUGUAAAUAAUGAAUCAUGUGACGCCAGUAACUGUAGAUGACUGUAGACACACACUGUGCAGUCUGAUGACUUAUUAUAAACUUAUUUUUUAUCACAAGAUCUGCAUUCGAUAUAUAUUCAGACAAUAUCAAACUAUUAUUUGUCAAAGUUUAUCAUUUUAAAAUGUCAGUUUUUACAGUUAAUGUCAUUCUGCUGCGAUCAAACCUGACCAUGAUGUUACAAACACACAGAAUAAACAUUUAAUACCAAUCAUUUAUAUCAAACAUUCAUUAAUAACUCGCCAAGAAAAUGAACUGCAAAAUUAUGGUAAUUCAAUUAGAGGAUAAAACAGAAGAAUCAGAGUAAAUAUUUUAUAUUUCAAACUUUCUGUAGUAAACAAUUAUUUUGUGUGUGUGUGUGUGUGCGAGUUAGUGCGGGUGUGAGUGUGUGAGUGUGUUGGGUGUGUGAGUGUGUUGGGGGUGUGUGUGUGAGUGUGUUGGGGGUGAGUGUGUGAGUGUGUUGGGUGUGUGAGUGUGUUGGGGGUGUGUGUGUGA